CAGUAGUUGUCAGUACCCAGGUACAGGUAAAAUGAGUGUUUUUUUAGGAAAAGAGGCUGUUCAGAAAUCAGUAACUUAGGGAAUUACUGAAAAGACCGGAAAACUUGAUAAGAAGAAGUAAUUUCCCUAAAUGUUCGCACAGUUCCCCCCGGCGGCUUCCAGUGCUGGGGAACGUGGGCGGAGCUGUCCUCCUGGAUGAGCAGAGCCCGUGCAGCGACUCGCGGGGAAGCACAACCAUCGCUCUGCCCUUUACCGAUCGUUCCUGUCACCCGCGGCUCCCCCCACGGUUUCUCUCACCUUCGCCGCCCCCAUCCCAGCUCCCCCCCCUCCUCGAUUUUUCGCUGCUCCGGUUCCUCCCUCCUAUUCCCUAAACACCGUUUCGUUCCCUCCCCCGCUCCCACCAGCUCUCGCUCUGCCUCCUGCCCCGGCGGACUGUACCCGAACAUCCACAGCAUGGAGCGGAACACGAGCCCAAUCCGGCCUGUGAAAUUCUAUCAAUUCGCUACCUCCGCCACAAUCGAGAGCGCACAAUAAUUGGUCGGAAUUUCCUGCUCGGGGCUGAUCAUCAUCUGCUAAGCACUCUUGUUGUUUCUCGGUUGAAGGCAGAUAAACAGAUUAUUCCAUCUCUUCUAGCCCAGAACUUCUUCGGGGGUGGAGAGUGAAAGAAGAGUCUACAGCUCAAGGCCUGGAGAGUGAAACUUAUAACAUAGAAUGACGAGUGUUAAAUUGCUUUUGCAAGCUUUACCAAUGAGGACUUGAGCUGGAACACUGUAUUGAAGAGCAGGGUUCAUUUUUCAGCUGGUUCAAGAACUGAAUGUUGAAGUGUGUCCAGUUCAGUAUCUCUUACAACAAUCUCUAACAACUCAUCAUUCAAAAUGAAGAGAUCAACCUGCACCAUCUAAAGAUCUGACCCAUGAAACAAUAUAGUAAAAGCCAGCUGAUUAAUGGAACUGGUGGUCAACUGAUACUUUGUAUUAAGAGUUGGAACCAGCUCCGCAUUCCAGAUCGAGGUUUGGAACGUAGGUGAUGCUGGACUUUUGAAGGACAUAUUAAAUAACCUCCAGAAUCCAGCUUGCAAACCAGGAUCAGACUUGCUAAAGGGACACAAGACUCGUAGCUUGCAAAGCCUCGGGACUUGAUCAGAGCCUCUCUGCUGUCCAAGCACAUCUGUGGGGCUUUGCUGCUGCAGUUAUAGUGGGGAGUCUUGCUGAAGUAUUUUGCCAGAAAACUCCCCUUUACCGAAGUACCAAUCCUGUUACAUGAAUGGACCCUAUGUUUUUUGGUGAACAGUGCAUUUGAGGAUAUUUAUUGCCUACACUGGAUCCUUGAUAUAAGCACAACUUGGGACAUUUUGGAAUAUUUUUACUGGACUCAAACUGGGGUAACCAGGACACCUCCGCUCCUCCAGAAGCAAUGGCACAACCAUAUUCCACCACACAGUAUCCACAACCCCCACAGAACGGUCUUCCAGCAGAAUAUGCCACCCAGCACCCUCUUCCCACACCGGAUUACUCCGGCCAGACUACAGUAUCAGAGCAUGCACUGACCCUGUAUACAGCAGGACAUAGUCAUGGAGAACCUCAAGGGAAUGAAGUCUGCACACAGUCUGUGACAGGGACACAAACACUUACGACAGAUGACGUAUCACAGACAGACAGCAGUCAGCAGCUACAAUGUCCAGAGACCACAGAGAAGCAACAACCCAAGAGAUUACAUGUGUCUAAUAUUCCUUUCCGCUUUCGAGAUCCUGACCUCCGGCAGAUGUUUGGACAAUUCGGAAAGAUUUUAGACGUGGAAAUCAUUUUUAACGAGCGAGGCUCCAAGGGCUUUGGGUUUGUAACUUUUGAAACUAGUAUGGAUGCAGAUCACGCACGGGAGAAACUGAACGGGACAAUCGUUGAGGGAAGAAAAAUAGAGGUAAAUAAUGCUACUGCUCGGGUUAUGACAAACAAGAAACCGGUGAACCCUUACACAAAUGGCUGGAAGUUAAACCCAGUGGUUGGAGCAGUAUAUGGACCUGAGUUCUAUGCCGUAACUGGCUUCCCAUACCCUCCUGCAGGAGCAACAAUUGCAUACCGAGGGGCACAAUUACGGGGAAGGGGACGAGCGGUGUACAACACGUUCCGUGCUGCCCCUCCUCCCCCACCUAUUCCUACUUAUGGGGCAGUUGUUUACCAAGAUGGCUUCUACGGAGCAGAAAUCUACGGGGGAUACGCAGCCUACAGAUAUGCCCAACCAGCAGCAGCUGCGACCUAUAGUGACAGUUAUGGCAGAGUGUAUGCAGCAGCAGAUCCAUAUCACCACACCAUUGGCCCUGCAGCUACAUACAGCAUAGGAACGAUGGCCAACACUGUGCCUGUCAAUGAAGAUGCAAAAGCGAGUGGAUUCAGCAGAUCAGCUAUUUCUCUCUGGUCUGAGACUUAGUGAGAAAAUCAUCGGAUCAUCCUCAUAUCACACAUUGCUCAACUAUACAAUGGACUUCAGUAAAGAAAACAAAGAACAAGUAAAGAGGCAUUUAUCAACCUGUUCACACCUCACCUUCCUUCGCACCUGCUCAGAUAUGUUAAUCUUUUCCCUGAGGAGAGGGAAAUGGACACUGAACAAGCUGAUAAAACAAACAAAGAAAAAAAAGGUUGGCAGCUUUGUUGCAGCAUUGACUCCACAGCUCCCAACAUUCCACAGAUCCUGCUUCCCAACUCUGCUAAAUGAGCUUCCAUCUUCCCUGCUGUUAUGGAGUGAUUCUCAUUACAGGCACAGGCAGCAGAGAAGGGUAUGAAGGAUGCACGUUGCAGGUCACGGCUCUGCUGCCUGUAACAAACGUCACUAUGCACCCAACCUUUUAUAAGUCUAUCCCCAAGUACCCAACUCUCGGAAGGAGGCGACUGAACUCUCCAGAUCCCGAUAGUUUGUGGCAGCUCUCUGCUCCAGCUGCCUGGGUGUGUGGUUAAGUCUCUGUUCAGUAGAAGGUGCAAUGUCUUUUACUUCAAGAGGAGUCGCCAGUGGAAGCGUUUAUCUGCUUAGUGCAGCUUUUGUGGUUU